AUGGAUCGUACUUGGAUGUAUAAUAGAGCAUAUUCUGAUAGACGCGGAUUGAAAGAAGAAUGUGUUCGUGGGGUUAAAAAGUUUGUGAAGAAGGCUUUGAAUCAACCCAUUUGUAAAUUUGAGGGAGGGAUAAGGUGUCCGUGCAUAAAUUGCAAGUGUUGUAAGAUAAGUACAACAACUAAUGUAAGACUUCACUUAUAUCAAGAUGGAUUUUAA